GGAAUUGACAAAGACAGUUUUUAUAAGGCUAGCUCCCCAACGACGCGACAGAAAAUUUUAAUUUUUUCUGUAGUCCUUCACCAUAAUUACUUGAAAUACAUGCAAACGCAUAAACGGACAUUAGUGUUUUAGUGGAAUGCAAAAAAACAAAACUUUAGACAUGUGAAUAAUAGCUAUAAAUGAAAUUAAAGAUCUUGUAACAUCUAAGGUCGUUGAAUUGUUUUUUUCUUCUAACAGAAAGUGGCCACAAUAGCAUAAUCAUUAGUGCCACUUUUUCUUAGGGGUAAUAUAAAGGAAAAGUGUUUAGAAGCUAUACGAAUUAAAGAAGUUAAGUUGUGCACCUACGGAAAUAUGAUGAGGAAGAAAAACAUUUGUGGCAAGUGAGUAGUGAGUGUGAAGGCGAGAAACAAAAACAUAGCAGAGUCAAUGAAAUUGGUGUUUAGAAAAAAGAACACAUAAAGAUUAAAGACAAACAACUAGCUAGCACGAACAAGUUACUGCCGCCCAAGGCGAAGCAAACAAAGCAGCUGUUUCUUCAAGUGUAUGCGUGUGUGUGUGUACGAGUGGUUUUUUGGAUGAUGCGACGCAACGACAUAUGUGCACCACCUACUUAAACUGGAGUUGUAUUUUAAAUACCAUCAUCAAUCAGUUAGUUUGUUGGUAAUUGUAUUGACAACGUCGCUGCAGCCGCCGCUGCUGCUGCCUAGUGAGCGAGUGAGCUUGUGUGUGCGUGUAGUGCUAUUUCGUUACUUUGUGCUCGUUUGCUCGGUUUUGCUUUUUCGGUAUUUACUACGUCACUAGUUUUACGCACGCGAAAAAAACCUUGUGAACUCGUGCAUUUUGUCUACGAAAACCCCGAUAAAAGUCAAUGCACUAACAAUAAAAAAUAGCAGCAGCAACCGAGACGCGGCAGAGCCAUCGAAGCAACGCAACGCAGCCAAUCAGCUACCGCCUCGCAAGUCAGCCAGCCAACAAACGCAGCAACUGCCACAGACAAAAAUCAUCUUGAAAACAACGACCGACCUUAACAAAAGACUCCCCUCUGCCGUCUCUGCAGUCAUUGUGUGAGAGUGUUUUGUUUGACUUCGUUCUCCCUUUUGAAAGUAUCUUCUUAUUUUCGUGGAUUUCAUAUUAUCAUCAUCACCUCCUCAACAACAUUGUCAACAACAAACCUACAAAAAAAUAAAAAGAGCAACAUCCAUAGGGGGAGAGAGAGACAGCAGACACAGAUACAUAAAGAGCGAAAGUGAAUUGAAGUAAAUACUGACAACUUGGAGGAGCCAUCAAACGACCGACUUUACUCCACUGUUGUGACGGCAAAUGCACCAUAAAUCCAGUCAAAUAGGAAGGCAAUAAAAUUUAGCAGACAAAAGAAUAAUAUCCCCAAAAAUAGUCCAUAAACUUUGAAGAAAUAGAGUUUUGUGUUUCUUAUUCGUUUGAUUGAGAGAGACUUUAGCAAGCGUCUUCUGCUAUUGUUGACAAUAAGACCUCUCUGAGAAGAUCUGUGGUGUGUAUUUACUUAAUUCCUUUGACCUUUUUUGAUUGUCAAAGUCUUUUGCCACAAAGUUGCUUGUUCUUCUGCUUCAUCAAUGUUCUCUCCUCCUUUGUAAUUCAUCCUUUGAGAAAGCGAGGAGCGAGCACCAUACCACCACCAUCGUCAUCAUCAUCAAAGAAACGACGACGACAACAACAACAACAAACAAUAAGAACAAAAGCAGCAGCAGCAACAUCUGUGGGGGGUAUUGAAGCAAAGUGAAACAAAAGUCGUACAACCGCGUACAAAAAGGACGAAGUUACUGCGGGAGGAGGAGCCGGAGUCAGAGGACAAAAAAGAAAAAGUGGAAAAAGACGACGUAAAGGAAUAAAAAAAAACGACACAUUCCUUUUGUUUGUUUUCACACUGUAUAUUAAAACAGAGCCAGUAUUUUACAUUUUUACGGCUCCUCGAAAUAACCUGAGCUCCCUCCAACUUGCCCGAAUGGAAUGGUGGUAUAAGGGAACACAAACAAAUACAGAAAGCUAUCAGAGAAACAAGCAGCAAACAAGAAACCCCGAAAAAAGUGUCGCGUUGACGGGAGUGUAGAUGAGGACAACAGAAAGUAUAAAAGAAUUAUACAUAGAUAAGUGAAAAUAGUUGUAAAAAGCCAACAAUUUUUAAUGAAUAUAAGAUUUUAAAUCCUCUUGUAAAUAUUUAUUAAGUAUUACAAACCAUACAUAUACACACAACCCCCCACAAAAACACAUAAUACCAACAACAUGGUUAAUCGCAAUAAUAACAACAACAAUCAGGCUGCCAAUAACAAUGCUGGCCCAGAUCAUGUACAAAAUCGUCGUAAUCCGGCCAAUGCCCCCGAAGGGAAUGCAGCGGGUGCCGCUGCAGCUGGAGGCGCAGGUGGUGGUGGUGCUGGUGGCGCAGCUGCCGUAGAUUGGGUCCAGGAAGACUUAGAACGCUACAGUUUCGAAGAUUCAGAUCGUUUCGAAGAAGAUUCUUUAUGUAGCUGGAGCUCUGAACCCGAAUCUUUAUAUAAUAACUGGCGUGGUUGGAAAAAGCCAUCUAGCUUUGGCAUUGGCAAUGCUUCAAAUACUGCUGCGGCUGGUUCAAUUGGCAUUGACGCCCCAUCAGAUGGAUCAGGUGUCAAAGGUUCAGAUGUUCCAACACUCACAGAAUUAGCAGCAAAAUGUGUUGCUUCAUAUAUACCCUUUGAAUUGGUGGAGCAUGUGUAUCCACCAGUGCCAGAACAGCUGCAGUUGCGUAUUGCGUUUUGGAGUUUUCCCGACAAUGAAGAAGACAUUCGUUUGUAUUCAUGUUUGGCGAAUAGUUCAUCGGAUGAAUUCAACCGCGGCGAUCAACUUUUCAAAACUGGAGCCGUCAAAGAACCCUUGCAAAUAGGUUUCCACCUUUCCGCAACGGUAGUGUGUCAAACACCCAGCCAGAAUUUCAAUGUGGCCGUAACGUUUGAUCGAAGACGCAUAUCAUCGUGUAAUUGCACAUGCAACUCAAGUGCAUAUUGGUGUUCUCACGUUGUGGCCGUCUGUUUACACCGAAUACAUUGUGCUUUGGAGGUGUGUUUGAGGGCUCCUGUGUCGGAAUCAUUGACCCGUUUACAACGUGAUCAACUGCAAAAAUUUGCCCAAUAUUUAAUAAGCGAAUUACCACAACAAAUACUGCCCACUGCGCAACGAUUGUUGGACGAAUUGCUAAGCGAACAACCGACUGCCAUCAACACAGUUUGCGGUGCUCCUGAUCCAACAGCAGGUGCAUCCAUCAAUGAUCAAACCAACUGGUAUUUGGAUGAGAAGACCCUACAUGAGAAUAUCAAGAGAAUAUUGAUAAAGUUUGUAAUGCCAGCACCCAUGGUUUAUAGCGAUGUAAAUUAUUUAACAAAUUCUGCCCCACCGGCGGCCACCGAAUGGAGUUCUCUGCUGAGGCCACUGAGAGGACGCGAACCCGAAGGUAUGUGGAACUUACUCUCAAUAGUUCGUGAAAUGUACCGUCGCUGUGAUCGUAACGCUGUUCGUCUUUUGGAAAUCAUCACCGAACAAUGCAUGGCCUGCGAUCAACUACUGUUGUGGUGGUAUCAAACCAAACUGUCCCUCAUGAUGGGUUCACAUGGUCACAGUGGCGGUAAACAUUCAAGUACCCAUUCGAAUUCAAAAGCAAUAGAACAUGCCUGCAGUUCGUUAUUUGACGAAAUUGUGGUGUUAUGGCGUUUGGCUGCCUUAAAUCCAGGCCUAGCUCCCGAUGAACGAGAUAUGCUGCAUGCACAAUUCACAGCAUGGCAUUUGAAAAUUCUAGAUCGGGUGGUUAAAUGUCGCAUAAUGCCAUCUUCGUACAAUAAUAAGCAUCAACAGAACAUGAGAUCGGAUGCCGAGAUGUUUGUGGGCUUUAAGCCGGCCAUAGAGGCCUGCUAUUUGGAUUGGGAAGAGUAUCCCAUUGCAGGAAUAACUCAUACUCAUGAAACGAAUCCCAUAUACUAUUCGCCGUUUACUUGUUUCAAACACACCGAGAACAAGUGUGAAACGAAUGGUGGCCAACUGAAUGCCACACAGGCCUUGAUGGCCAAUAAUAAGCAUUACAAUUACAUAAGCUCGUCUGCGGAUCAUGGGCAACAUGGAUCGUUCAAACAACGUUUGGAAAGACCAUUUCGAGAACGUUUCUAUAUAUCGUCUAGCAAUAACUCGAGUAAUUCUUCAAGCGACAGUGUACAUGCCAGACUACAUCAAGCCCUGGAGCCACAACCGCAACAGGUGGUCACAUCCGCCAUUACAACAGGUGGCGGUGCCAAGGUGAUUGUUGCUCCCGGAGUUAUGGGGAAUGGCGCAAAUAGCAGUAGUGUUGCCAAUGCCGUCUGCGGUUUAAGUGAACGUAGUGGGAAUGGUGGUGUAUCUAGCUUAGAGAUAAGACCCUCCACAUCAUCACAUGCAGCUGCCCAGUCGGCGGCGGCAACCGCUGUUAAUAGUGCAGCGGUCGUGCAGAGUUUACCUCGCGUUCCCCUGGUGAGUAUGGGCGAUGGAAAUCGCUCUAGUGCUAGCAGCGAAGGUUUCUGCGAGAAUGAAGAUUUUGGUGGAGACAGUAGUAGCAAUAAUUUGUGUAUAUCAGACAACGACAACGGACGCAGCAUUAACCCAAGCAAAUUUGUAGUUAUGCAACCGACAAGCAAUAAAACAAUCUCGCAAUCGGAUUCUCAACAAUCGUUUAAUGACUCCUCUCCUGACGUUCUGGAUGCUGAAGAGGGUGGAGUAGGCAAAACUGGAUUCUCAUUACCCACAACACCCACGAAUAAGGCUGUUAUAGUCGGCACACUUACUUCUCAAUCGUCCUCGGAUUCUUCAACAUCAUCAUCGGCUUCAUCAAAUUCAUCUUCGUCAUCGCUGUUGAUAGCUAUGGGCUCAGAAACUCCAGGUGGUUUGGGCGUUGAAAAGCCUUUGACUACCACCGAUAUGAGACGGCUGUCGAAAGAUGAGUCCUUUUCUUCAUCCAGCGAUGAAUUCGUGUCACAAGAUGUAAGCAAGCGGCGCUCAGUUGAGGACUUAACGCCUGUGCCCAGUACUUCGGCAGCGGCAAGGGCAGCAUUGCUGAAGAACCAUGCCAGCAAUUCCCCCACAUCCACAUCAGCGGCAUCCAACGAUGUAUUGCCUGGAGCUGUUAGCCACAGUGUGAAAGCAAUGCACUCGACACCGCCCGCAACGUCAUCCAUAUUCACGGGGCCCUCCACCUCUGCUCAAGCUAUAGCCGCUAACAUUAUCCCGCCUACGAACACAUCUGAGAAGCCGCACAUCUUUUCAAAUUUGCGACCUUCCGAGGAUGCUUGGGACAUUUUGUUGGCAAGGGCCGAGGGGUUACAUGCACAUGGCCAUGGCAGGGAGGCAUGCAUUCUGGCGGUGCGUCUAGCUGAGGAAAUGUUGGAAAAUCCCCCCAAUCUAAUGAUGGAAAUGCCCCCAGCACCCAAAAGAAAGGGAAAGAAUAAGAACAUCAACCCUAUUUCGCAUCAUUUAACCGUGCUGGCCUCUUCCACCCUGACCAAAUGCGCUUUUCUCUGCACUGUUCUGUCGGAAAACUCUGAACAUUAUCACAUAGGCUUUCGCAUUUGCAUAUUUGCUUUAGAAAUGCCCCGUCCCCCAGCCAGCACAAAACCCUUGGAAGUCAAACUGGCCAACCAGGAAGCGGAUAUAUUAACACUUCUAAAGAAAAUACCCAUAGACGAACCCGAAUUGGAUGUAAUACGAGCUAGAGCAGAACGCUUGCGUAAUGGCAGCAUCAAAUCCAGAGGCGAAGCCCUAUUGCCCAUAAAUUUGGCUUCCUAUAUCUUUGAUGCUUUGGUAAUGCCUUCAGUGUCCAUGAAAGACCAGCGCAUUCGCAGUAUGAGCAUAUACAGGCCCAUUACUGAUGAAAAUUUAGGCUUUGAGGCUGCUGUGGCAGCUUUGGGCUUGAAGGCCAAUGUCUCCGAAGCUGAACAUCCGCUCUUGUGUGAAGGCACUCGCAGGCAAAGAGGAGAGUUGGCCUUGACUCUGCUGUACUUUUACAAGGACGAACCCCAUAAAAUUGCCAAGAUAAUGGAGAAAUUACUUGACCGCGAGAUACACACUUUACUGAAAUCUCCUCUGCUGCCGGCAUAUUAUUCGAAUAACCCUCCAGUCAGGACUCCCAACAACUCAUCAAACAGACAUGGUGAAGGCGAAUACAACAAUAGGCAUGGCAGCAGUGCCAUGGGAGCUGGGUCAGCCAACAGUGUCAGUGGUGGUAAUAUGGACCUUUAUCAUGGCGAUUAUUCAUCAGUGGGAGGAAAUAGCCGUCCCACAAGCUCCACCAGCGCGGAACUAGAAGUCAACUUGGCCGGCUUAAAUAUAUCCUCCCCGGCAAACGCGUCCCUAUUAGCUGCCCAGCAAAGUGGCCAAGGCAUGCAGAGCAACGUGGCCAUGGGUUCACAGCCUUCGCAGACUACCACCAGAGCUAAAGAUUCGCGUUACAAGGGAAAACGGGCAUAUCCCUCUAUACCCAAUCAGCCGUCAGAGGCCAGUGCUCAUUUUAUGUUUGAAUUGGCCAAGACGGUGCUGGUCAAAGCGGGUGGCAAUAGUUCCACGUCUUUGUUCACCCAGGCCACAGCGAACCAUAAUCAUCACGGUCCCCAUAGAGGCCUGCACAUGUGUGCUUUCCAGUUGGGUCUGUACGCAUUGGGUUUGCACAAUUGUGUCAGCCCCAAUUGGUUAUCGCGCACAUAUUCGUCGCAUGUCUCCUGGAUACUCGGCCAGGCAAUGGAAAUUGGAGCACCGGCCAUAAGCUUCCUCAUAGACACUUGGGAGGGUCACUUAACGCCACCGGAAGCUGCCAACAUGGCCGACCGGGCUUCUAGAGGUUGGGACAGUAAUUACCCUGCUGCCGAGUUGGCUUUGUCUGUUUUGCCCCAUGCGGCGGCACUCAAUCCCAACGAGAUACAAAGAGCCAUACUGCAAUGCAAGGAGCAAAGCGACUAUAUGCUGGAGAGAGCUUGCAUUACUGUGGAAAAUGCUGCCAAGGGAGGAGGUGUUUAUCCGGAGGUUCUAUUCCAAGUGGCCCGCUAUUGGUACGAGUUGUACAUGAGAAAUACGCCCAACAGUGGAGAGCACGAUCAGCAUGACGAUCAUUUGGAUCAUUCGGCGGCAGUAAGCCUGUCGGCCCUAAUAGAGUCACAUCAACAUCAUGAAAUGCAAAUGCAGCAACAAGCGGCGGCAGCGGUAGCCAAUCAGCAGGCAAUGGUUGGCCCUCCCCUGCAGGGUCCGCCAGGACCACCUGGUGCUCCAGGUCAACCCGGAGGCCCGGUGGUGGUGACUUCAGCUCCGCCGGCCUUUCAACAGCAAGUGCCGGCCAUGGCUCCGGUUGGCAUGUCGCCCUACAAUCCCUAUGGGUUUUGUCAAGGGCUAUAUCAUCACAAUAUUUCGUAUCCAACCAACCAGAUACCGAUGUAUGUGCCACAAGGCCCACCAGGUCCUCCGCCUCAAGCUUAUCCUGGUUAUCCUCCACCGCCUCAACAGCAACCGGGAGGCCCAACCGCACCACCACCCAAUGGUGGAGUGCCUCCACAACAGCCUCCCUAUGUGCAGAAUGCAGCUGCCUUUGGGCAGAUGACACCCCAAGCUGCUUAUCAGGCGGCCACUAUGCAAUGUGGGCCACCGCCUCCGUCAUCGUUUGUGCCACCACCACAACAAGGUCCCUCCGUCCCACCAAAUGGACCACCUCAAAUGCCCCAGCCGCCCAGUAUGCAAGCAGCUGCUGCUGCAGCCGCCGUAUACUAUGGCCAACAAGGACCACCGCCUAAUGCUCAACAUCCUGCGCAAGCGGCUGCGGCAGCUCAACAGGCAGCAGCAGCUCAUCAAAUGGCUGCCAUGGCUCAGCACCAGAUGAGGGCCAAUCAGCAGCAAGCGGCUGUAUAUCCCUUUGUUCAGGUCUCUCAAGCACCUCCGCCAGCACAGCAGCAGCAACAAGCACCACAUCACCCGCCGCCUCCACCACAUAAUAUAGGUGGUGGAGGUGGAGGCGGUCAUGGGGGACAUCAUCAACAAAUGCCACCACCCCAGGGGGCAAAUCGUCAAAGACAUCCGCAUCAAUUUACACCCGCCCAAUUACGCUACUUACUAGCCGCCUACAAUGUUGGCAUGUUGGCCAUGGAAACACUGGCACGCCGUGUUCAUGAUGAUCGCCCUCAAGCGAAGUAUGCACGCAAUCCUCCUUAUGGCGAAGAUGUCAAAUGGCUGCUUCGAAUAUCCAAGAAGUUAGGCUCACAGUAUCUGCAUCAGUUCUGCGUGUGUGCUGUCAACUCCAUUGUUAGUCCGUUUGUUUUACACGAUGUGGCCAUAGAGUCGGCACAUUAUUUGGGACGCAACAAUCAUCAAUUGGUGAUGCAGCAUUUAAGAUCGGCCCUAACGCCAUUGGUGCAAAAAUGUCAGCAGAUGUACAUCCAAUGUAUUCAUCAGAAAUUGUAUCAUUUAACACCAGCCGAUUAUGAAGAUUUCGCCAGUAUAGUUGUGGCUGCACGCGCAGCAUUUCAAAUCACUCCAGAGGGUAGUGCACAAUUUAAGGACUGGUUGCAAUCAAUCAAGAGAUCGAAAUCGUGUAAAAAAGAGUUAUGGACACAAAUAAAUGCUGCCCUUCAAAGUAAUGCCAAAUGACAAAGACUUGAUUCACAUAG